AACCCCAUUUAGUGUUCAUGCGCGAAAAACGAAAUUUUUUAUCUGCUAUAUAUCAAAAUCAGAGAGUCGGUGUCAGUACGAAAUCUACACUAGAGCACAAAUUUCUUUUCAACAUAAUCUUUUCAAAAUAUUUUAUGGGAAAUCAGUAAACCCCAUUCCUAUUUUCAAUAGAAAAAGUGUUCACCUAACUGGAAAAAACACUAACGCAAAAUCUAUCUGGUUUUUUCUCUUAAGUUCCUUCAAAUAAAACUCAUAAUUUCUACAUAAUCAGCACGAAAACAAGCCUGUAACAUUAUAAUGCUUGCCAUCUAAAAAAAAGCUUCGAUUUUUCUCAUCUAUGUUGUGCUUUGGAUAUUUUUCGCAUGACGUGCAUAACUGGAACACACGGAUUAUUUUCUAAAUGGCCGCAAUUUUUGCAACGGUGUUACGCUGAUAUUACUAUGUAAUGCUUGAAUAUUUGUGAAUCGUUUAAUUAAAUACAGGGAAAACAUUAAUAAGAAUCUAAUCCAUAAACUUUAAGUGUUGUGAUUGUCGAUACAAUUAAGACGAAUAAUAAUUAAGAGCUUUUACGGUAACCACUAACUAGGUAAACUGUUUAAGCGAAAUGCAAAUUUUCUAAAUAAUCUUUUUUCGUGUAUCGACAACAAAAUGAAACGUUAUAUGUAAGAUUCGUGUGGUCAAGUGUUUUUAAAAGGAAACUUUUUUUGUGUAUAUAAGUAUCGUCAUAUGUAUACCUGUAUUACAGUUUUAGCGUGAGGUGUGCUCCUUCAUGUGUGCCACUUAAGAAAAUAUGAAUCCAUUUCAAUCGGCUUGACGGGUUCAUAUUGAUGUUGGAUUAUGUGUUAACAUUAAUUGGUUGUUAUGUGUAGGAAACAUUUAUACAUUAAGCAGUCGUGAAACAGACAAAUCGAAAACUGAAUUUUUGCAGCAAUGUGUGCACUAAUCGAGAGAAUCGAAUGUGAGAUAUUGCGAUCGGUAAAACGAAUUUAUCAAAAGUUUGUUUUGCAUAAUGACUUUAAAUAGUUGAUUUUAAUUGGAGCGGACUAUCUUCUUCAGUAAUUCGAAUCAAUUACUCUAUGUGUUAAAUCGAAAAAUUCAUAUUCUAAUCUGCACCAUGUCUUGAAUGUAUACAACCACAACACACACUUAUCACAUUAAUAAAGUGUCAAUCCUGUAAUGUUAGCUAAUGUAUGGUCUAAUAGCUCAUUAAUGGUCGUUUCAUCACAUCACCAGAUAAAAUAUUUAUUGAAAUGGCAAAGAUGAUAACACCCGUUACAUAUCCGGACUGGAAUUGGAACAGUGUCGUGCAUAGAUUUUGCUACGUAAUAUCGACAUUGACAAGGUGUCGUAAACUAUCAAUUUUAUCUGGAAGACAUUGUCACCGUCGUCGUCAUCAUCGUCACUAUUGUUGUUGCUAUUACAGAAAGGGAUUCGAUUAUGUGCUGUUCAUAGUGCUUUGUUGUUAUUUAAUUAAUUGUAAAUUAAUUGCGGCUGAUACUAGUCUUAAGUCGAGCGCUCAAAUUGUGGAAAAGAAAGUAAAUCGUUUCGAUGGCGAAACUGCACAUCUUCUGGCAGCAGCUGAUGAAGAGGAAUAUGACGAUGAAGAAAUAGACGAAUAUCAAUUGUUAAUAUCGAAUAAAUCUGCCAAAGGAAUGUAUAUUGGAGCACCAUGUGACGAAUCUUGCAACUCAAAUCUGCUUCACGUACAUUGCGACGAAACGACUAAAUUAUGUGGCUGUGAACGUAACUAUCCGGUAAAACUUGGAUUGACGAAAGGAUGUGCAAUGCCGAAAAAAUUGGGAGAACAGUGCUGGUGGCAUCAAACAUGUACGUACAACGAUGCAAAUAGCCUCUGUGUUCAAGUCAAGCACAAUGCUCUCUGCUCGUGCUUACCCGGCUAUCAUUCGGUAACUUAUACAAAGCCUUCAAAGCGUGUUUUUUGUACACAAGAUCUCUCUGUGCUCACUUCGGAUCUUCCGACUUUGUUGGGUGUAUCAACGGGGAUAGCUGUUUUAGCAGGCCUUAUAUGUAUGGUUUUACAUUUGUUUAGUAAAACUAAAUAUCCACGACAUCGAAACUAUGGUGAUGCAAAUAUGCCGCCACCGAUAAUGUACUCAACAGACACAGUACACUCGGCAAGACCAUCAUCACGUAGCAGUUUAAGAUCGAGCAAUUCUAUCGGUUCGUAUACAAAUCGACGUCCAUCAAGUGCUCCACAGUCUGGUUCGAAAGGAAUUCUCGUUUCGACGUCUCGAUCAGGUUCACGAAGACCAUCUCUAGCAUCUGUUCAUAGCACAAGUUCGUCAAUCAAAAGCUAUAGCAUGAUUCGCAUCGAAAAAGAAUUACAACAAAAAGAGCUCCGACAAGAUAUGAAAUUACGUUUAGCUAGGCUUCAACAACAGCAACAUCAACAGCAAAUGAAACCGCAUAUUAUGAUCAGUGAUCCAUUACUGCACGGUGUCAUAUCGAAAAAUGCUUUAUCAUCUCCCAGCCCAAUUACACCGAAUUCAACUGAUGAAUUACUACCGUCUGUUGAUGAAACACUAGAGCUUUCACCACCAGAGUCGAUCAUAGCUUCGAACAAUGCUUCAUAUAUAGGACCGUGCUCAUCAAAUGAAGCUUUACUAAAUUAACCUUUCAGAAACGGCUAUCGACCACGACAUAAAAUAAGCGAUGAGCUUUUAGCUAAUGUCCUCUUGUAUUGCAAAAAAUUUUGUAUUCAACACGACGCGAUACUUUGAUCAGAAGAAAUAUUUAACAGAAUUAAUGACUGUGUCGUGUUAACGCUUGUGGCUUCUGAAAGGGUAAAUUACUUUGAGAUAUUAUUGAAAAUGUAAGCAUUUAACACAAAUAGAUUUUGUAUUCAACCACAACUGGUAUUGCUAAGCUUAAGGCCUUGAUAUAGGAGAAAUUGUGUAAAACAAUAAGUGUUAUAUUUACGGAUGUUUCAAUAGUUUAUCAACAAUCUUUCAUCGACAGAGAGAAGAUUUAUAGAAUAAAAAGUAAAUUUAUUGGAACAAACAUAUCGAAACUAAAAAGUUGAAAGAAGUUGAACUGACCAAAUGAAUUUAUUUGUUCGUAAAGUUUUGUGUAACAAAGUGAUUCCAUCAACAAUCGUAAACGCAUUUUCUUGAGUCAUCUCUUCACUUGCAACAUCCUUCUUUUCAAUGAUCUUGUGACUUGCUCAAACAUUUACUGCGUUGGGCGUCACACUUACAAUCAGGAUCACACUUGCAUUUACAGCUAGUUCCACAAUUGCAUUGACAAUCUGUUUCAAAUAGAUUAAUGCAAAGUUAGGUUCUGAAUGGAUAUUAUUCAAUAAAUCGUUUCAGUGAAAAUGUACUCACUUGUUCCACAACAUUUGCAAGUCAUUAUGAUUUUAUUUCUUUCGUUUUUAUCUUAUGAGUUUAAAGGAAUACACAAGUUGAUGUACGUACAGCAGUACACUAAGGACAACUUUUGUGAUCGUUAUCGUUUAAUUACUAAAGCCAGAUUCCAGCUAUUGACUCCGGGAACGUUGCAAUGUGUGCAUGUGCAUUACUUCUAUUCGAAAGAUAUGGAAACAGUAUGUUGAUGCUGACGGCAAAGAUAAUAAUUUUUGUUCAAGUCAACAGUGUCAUAUGAGUGCUUGUGUGCAAAAUAAACAAACUGAAGAAUACCAUUGGUAUGACGCACUGUACUACGUACAGAAUUAUCAUAAGAGCGAUAAUGAUUUUAUCUAAAGUUUGAAGAACUUCUGAUGAAAGUAACAGUUGCAGUGAUUAUUCCGUGAUAAGAUUGUCGUUGAGGAUGGUGAAGAAUUUAUUGAGAAGUCCCUGAAUGAAAUGAAAGUUUGUAGGAGUGACAAAACUGUUUUCAGUUUGUUAAAAUUCUUUUGAAUCAUAUUGAGCAGGGACCAGUUCAAUCAAACAUAAUUGGUCGAAAUGUAGAAUUGGUCAAUGUAAUGCCUUGAAUGUUAAAUAUGGGUAGCGGAUGGGAAUUAUUAAUUGUUGAUAAACGUAUUUGCACAUCGUAAAUACCAAAAAUGAUUAUUGUAAGUGUUGUAUAACGAAUUUAAUGUUUCUGAUUACAAUGUAAUUAAUUAUCAAGUUACGGAUCUUGCACAGUCCCACUUGAAAAUGAAUGGAUGUUUUGAAAUGAGAAGUUAGAUAAAGAAGGAAAGAGAAGAUCGGAAUAUAAUGUGACUACGAGGGGCGGAGAAUUGCGGAAUUCCCUAGACAAGUAUUAUUUUACUAAAAGACAGUUUUGCUAGUGAUGUCCCCAAACAUAAAAUAAUUUGCUCUGGAAUUUCAAAGGAUUUUUUCAAAAAUUUUGAGGUUUCAAGCGUCCUUUUUUAAUUUCUGAAGAUUUUAAAGACAAAAAAUUCCACGUCUAUCUGAAGUAAUUAGACACUUACAGACCUGCAACGAAUCACAUAAAUUAUGGAACCUCAUUGUCAGAAGAUUUCAUUUAAACAUAUCAUUCGGCUAUCCGCCUCUUGCAGCGUAUAAAUUGUCAAUGUAACUUGAAGUGGAAGUACCAAACCGACUAAUAUUUCCUUUUUAUUUUUGUUUAAAAAAAAUAUUUAUCGGUCCAUGAAUGUUUAAAACAAAAUCUAAUUUACCACAGUCUGAUAAUACCAGAAUAACUAGCACAGUCCCUAAAUUAUUUAUCGAACAACGUGCGUUUAAAAUAUAAUGUAAAAACAAUCUAUAAUCAAUUCCGAAUUUCUGUAAUUUGUAUUGCUUUUCCAUUUAAAUAGAACCGAACAGAAACUAAAAACUUAUAAACGAAAUGAUAAUAAGAAAUUUUAGCAAAUAACGUUAAAUAAAGAAAAUUAUAAUCUAAAUGAAAACGAAAUACAUUUGUACUCAUCCGCAAACCGAAAUAAAGUAAACUAACUAACCACAUAAUCAAAUAAAAUAAAAUCAGAUGCAUAGUCAAAAUAGUUUCUUAAAGUUUUGCAAUGACUCUUGAUUACAUUACUUCACUACUUAAAAACUUAAAACUAAAAAAUUAAUUGAAAUUGAAACCGCAGAAGCUCUUAAAACGAACUUUCACUAUUUAUUCAACUACAGACUAAGUUUUUACCCAAGUCCCUAGUUUUGCAAUUUAAGUUUAGACAAUUUAUUUUGGCAUCCUACCGGUCGUAAGUGGAAGAUUGAUGUAAUGCAAAAAAGAAGAAAAAGAUAAUAGCAAACAAAUUGCUAGUGUCGACCAUUCAUAUCAAAGCCCAUUUGUGUACUUUUAGAGACGUUAAUUGAGAAAAAUUAUAUGGACAAUAUUCCACAUUUGGUUUCAUCUCUUUCGUUAGAUAAAUAAAACUAUGGAAAUAAAGAAAUAAAAAUGUUAAUUUUCAUAGUCGGAAUUACUCCCUUUAGUCCAUUGGUAUGUUAGACUUUGAUUCGAUUUUAGUUAAACUGUGUAAAAAGUAUAUAGACUGAAAUAAAAUUAUAAACAAAAA